UCCGCGUGGUGUCACUAUAGUCCGUUGAAUCUCGAACUGCGUACCGUGUCUGGAAGCCCCUCCCGGUUUUAGUGGGGAGUAGAUUUCUCAGGGCUUUGUUUCAGGCAGACUGGACGUAUUAAGAGAGUGUACGAAGGCCUCGUGUUCUCUCGUCCCUAAAAUGGAAUAUUGUCUAAUAUUUCUUUAUUCGCAUUGAUGAACUCGGAAUACCGUCUGUUAUUUCCUGGAUCGUUUCACGGGAUUCAUUGGAUGUAAUUAUGUUCUCGCCGUCCAGAAGGAAAUCUAUUGUGGCCUGUAUUGUGCUCGUUGUUUUAGAGUGUUGUUGGGACGCGGUGUCAGGGCAGCUCUCUUAUUCUGUUUCAGAGGAGGUGAAUCCGGGAACAUCAGUGGGAAAUAUCGCUAAGGAUCCAAACCUUGAUGUUCAGGGACUGGAGUCGCGCAUGUUUCAGAUUGUCACGGGAUUCAAGAAAAAAUAUUUCGAGGUAAAUCUAAAAACUGGAUUUCUUUAUGUGAGCGAAAGCAUAGAUAGAGAGGAGCUUUGUGCCAAAGCACCUAAAUGUACUCUCAGUGUAGAAGCGGUUAUCAAGAAUCCACUGAAGCUUUAUCAAAUAGAGAUUAAUAUUCUGGAUGUUAACGACAAUUCUCCGUCUUUUAGUGAGAAAUCACAAACGUUAGACAUUGCGGAAAGCACCCUGUCUGGUGUUAGAUUCUCUCUCCAUCACGCUACAGACGCAGAUGUUGGGAAAAAUUCAAUAAAUACUUACAAACUUAGCUCGAACGAGUAUUUUUCUUUAGCUGUGCACAAAGGAGGAGAUCAGAGUGUGUCUGCUGAGUUAGUGCUGCAGAAAUCUUUAGAUCGAGAGAAACAGCCUGUGAUCCAGCUCACAUUGACCGCUGUAGACGGAGGAACACCCUCUAAGACAGGCACAUCUCUUAUGAUAAUUAAAGUUUUGGAUAAUAACGAUAAUACUCCCGUUUUUAGCAAGCCGUUGUAUAAAACGACUGUUUUUGAAAAUGUGGCUAUUGGAACGACAAUUGCUGUUCUAAAUGCCACAGACUUUGAUGAGGGUAGUAAUUCAGAAAUUGCCUAUUCCUUUAUUAAACAUGUUAAUAAUGAUAGAAAUAUCGAGUCAUUCGCAAUCAAUAAAAUAUCUGGUGAAAUAACAGUUCAUGGUAAAUUAGACCACGAGUCAAACAAUGCUAUAGAAAUUCGGGUUCAAGCGAGAGACAAAGGCUCGACACCAAGAGUAGCUCAUUGUAAAGUAUUGGUCGAAAUAUUGGACGUUAACGACAAUAUUCCUGAAAUAUCUGUAACUUCUCUUGUUAAUGUUGUGAAGGAGGGUUCACCAAAGGGGACAAUGGUCGGUCUAAUUACAGUAAAAGAUGAUGAUUCUGGCGAAAAUGGAUCUGUAAAACUGAAAAUAACCGAGCCCCUUCCGUUUCUAUUACAAAACACUUAUAAGAAUAAAUAUUCUCUGGUUGUAGACGGUCCUUUAGACAGAGAGAGCCAAUCAGAGUAUAACGUGACUAUAACAGCUACUGAUGAAGGGACUCCGCCUCUCUCUAGCACCAGUGUCAUUACUGUACACGUUUCUGAUGUGAAUGACAACGCGCCGCGCUUUCCAGAGCCCGUCAUUAAUGUUUAUGUGAAAGAGAACAGUCAGAUUGGAGCUGUUAUUCAUACAGUAUCUGCUUUUGAUCCUGACGUAGGUGAUAAUGCCCGGAUAACAUAUUCUUUACUAGAAAGCUCGAAAAGCGGCCGCGCCGAUAAAGGAGGAGAGUUUCUCGGAUUUAAAUCUGUAUUUGCUGAUCGCCAUUGUGUGCGUGUCCGUCAUCUUUUUCCUGAGCCUCAUCAGUUUGAUAGCUGUAAAAUGCCACAGGACAGACAGCAGUUUGGGCAGGUACAGCGCCCCGAUGAUCACCACUCACCCUGA